AUCUCCGUAACCUCAGCAUGGAGCCGCUGUUCAACUUCCUCACGGUGUUUUGGUGGUAGUCUGGCCUUAUUCUUGGACACAGAGCCGCCAUAUAUACCAGAAGGAGUAGCUAGACACCAUGUUUACCACCACUGGUUCUCGCGGUUUGUACAAGGCUCCUCUGUCUAAAGGCCUUCUACUGGUUCUGAAUGGACUGGCAGUGAUGCUCACCCUGCUGCCUCAGUACCAAGAGCUGUUCGAGUACAACCAGCAAGCAAUUAGCCAGAACCACCAGGUGUGGAGGUUAUUUUGUGGAAGGCUGGUGUGUCUGGACCUGAAGGACUCCUUCUGCAGCAGCCUUCUCAUUUACAACUUCAGAAUUUUCGAGCGGCGGUUUGGAACCAGGAAGUUCGCAUCCUUCCUGUUUGCCACUUGGUGUCUCUCAGCACUGACGGAUUACUUGCUGGCUCAAGCCUUCCAGUUCCUGUUUGACUACGAGGUGGAGGAGCUCCCUGCAGGACUGUUGGCUCCCAUCUUUUCUCUCUUUGUGCCUUUCUACCUGUCAAUCCCGAGGAUACCAAUCACUCAGGUCCUGGGUCACAUCCACAUCACCAACAAGUCUCUGGUCUACAUCGUAGGCCUGCAGCUGCUGAUGUCCAGCCCGUUCAUGUGGAUCCUUGCUGUCAGCGGACUAAUAUCAGGUGGGCUUUACUAUGCCAAUGUCACUGGGCUGCAGAAGCUGCUCUUCGUGCCUCUCUGGAUGUCUCGUCUCGGCCGCUGGGCCCUGGAACCCAUUUUCACGAGCUCUCAGCCCACCGAUGAGACACCGCUGGGGAUGGGAGCCACGCUGGAUAUCCAGAGACAACAGAGGAUGGACAUGUUGGACCAACAGCUGCUGCUGGCUCAGUACAACGAGGCCAGGAGAAACACCAGACAUCAGCAGCAGCAGGCAGGUCUGCUACAGUGGAGCAGAUUGUUUCCAUCCCUGAGACAUCGAGGACAGAACCAUCCUCCCGCGCAGCCUCGUGCUCAGGCUCACUCGGCCACACAAGCUCCCCUGCUGGACAAUUCUCCGGUCGCAGAAGAGCAGGUGGCGAUGUUGGUCGAAAUGGGCUUCUCCAGAACGGACGCACUGGAAGCCCUGAGAGCGUCCAACAACGACAUUAACAUGGCGACCAACUUCCUGCUACAGCACUGAGAGAAUGUUGAGUGAGAAAGAAGCAGGCGAGGCCAAGGAGCUGGAACGUGAGAGGAAAUGACCAUGCAAUAGAUUAUAUGUUGAUGUGCAGGUGCUGCUGAUGCUCCUGAGAUGGAGUCUGACCCAGAGCUGUUGGUGAAGCACAAAGGGUCAAAGCCCCUGUGGUGGAGGUUGACCAAGAACACAGAAGGGUCAGAAAGUCGAGUCCUCACACAAGACAGUCGUGUUGAAGACGAGGCUUAAAACAGUUUUAGAUUUCUCACUCCAGCUUCUGAUUUUGUCAUCACCUGACCGUAAUAGUGGUUCCUCCCCACCACACCCUCACAGUGUGUCUGUGGCAGAGUGAGCCAGGACUUGUGUUUCCUUAAGAGUGAGCAGAAAUUGGAUCCCAAUUCUCUCGUGUUGUGCACCGCAGAACUGGGUGUAGAUGAUGGUUCUGUGAGUGAAGGGAGUAAUUUGAAAUGACUGAAUCACCUACUCUGGGCUGAAAACUUCUUCCAUCCGUGUGUGUUUUGACUGGCAGUGCAACCAGAAUCUAUGCUUUAAAAUGAAGUGUCAGUCAAAGCGAUCAAAUGACACUGUAUGAUUUUGUGAUCAAUCAUUUGACAUUUUUGCCAUAUUUUGCUUCUCACUGUAUCAAACAUUACAGCGCGUGAAGUGAGGUGCACGUGAUCCAGAUUUAUCGCAGCUUCCCGAUUGCACUCAGCUUUAUUCAGAAAACCAAGUGCUGUUUUAGUGCGACUCCAUCCUCAGGAGAAGUUGUCACCCUGCUGCACUACCUGCAUAGUUUAGUCAAACAUGACUGUGCAACAUGGUCUCACCUGUCCGAACACUGUGACCUAACAUGAGGCUGUGACAUGACACUGUGUGGCGUUCACCCCACCCAACACAUGUGACACACGCUCGUGUUGUUUCUUAUACAUGUUGCUGUGAACAGCUAGUGUAUGCAGUUACAUGCACCAGAGAGCUUUGCCAUGGUUAGGUGCAGUUGCAAGGUUUUGCUUCUAACAUUCGGCUGAAUUACUGCUGCAGUUAUUCAGUGGCAGCUAAAUGCUGCAGAACUGAUUUUAUCACCAUGGUUGUCGAUUUAAUGUGUGCAUAAAUUCCUGAUGCCGGCACAUUACUUUGGUUGUGAUGUAAAACUUAACAAGCUCUGACUCAAACUAAUAUUGAAUCACAUGACGCUGAAGUGGAUGUACAUAGUUUCACAGUGUUUUCAGACGUGCAGGUGAAUUCUGAAAGGUUUUCUCAGGGUCCACAAGGUAAACUCCUCUUGAAUCACAUGCACUUCCACGGCCCAGAUAUGCAGUAAAAACAACCCUAUCGUCUUUCAGUUUUCAGUCUCUUCCCUCUUCUCUUGGUUUUAUUUAUUCUAUGCACAUUUUUCGGUUUGAUUUGAGUCUUAAAAUUAAUUUAUUAUGCAAAACAUCCUGACGGGAAGUCACUGCGCUAUUUGAGAGGAAGAACUGCCACCGUGUAUUUAUGUUGACAACAGAUAAUAGUUUUGUAUUUUGUGUAUGUUGAUAAUAUAUAACCACAAAGUUGACUGUUGUUUGUGAACAGAGUUGUUGCACGGUUCAACUGGUGUAGUGAUUGUUGGGUUUGUCAAUAAAUCAAGUGGAGACUGGAGGAUUUCUU